CAGUAAUACUAUAUUGUUACGUGAUAAUUGUUUAUUUAUUACUAGACCUUACACACUCUGGUGCUUGCGACGGUCGAGAUGUCUAUGGAGGUCGCCACGGAGAUCUCGGAGCCGUCAAGCAGGGCAAGCAACGAGGAUUGGAGAAAGGCCCUUGAUCGUGUAGUUCCCUGCUGUGUCGUCCUGAAGGUAACCCAAACCCGAGCGGUUGAUACUGAGGCUGCCGGCUCGGCUUACGCAACGGGCUUCAUAGUCGACAAGCAGCGUGGCCUCAUCCUGACCAAUCGGCAUGUGGCCACCCCAGGGCCUAUCGUGGCGGAGGCCAUCUUCCUCAACCGCGAGGAGCUGCCCGUGUACCCCCUCUACUAUGACCCCGUCCACGAUUUCGCGUUCCUGCGUUUCGACCCCAGCCGGCUGAAGUUCAUGGAGGUGGGCGAGGUGCCGCUGGCGCCGGAGGCUGCCACCGUGGGUCUGGACAUCCGCGUGGUGGGCAACGACUCGGGAGAGAAGGUGUCUAUCCUGGCCGGCACGCUAGCACGCCUCGACCGCGACGCGCCCAACUACGGCCGCAAAAGCUACAACGACUUCAACACUUUCUACUUGCAGGCUGCCUCGGGCACCAAGGGUGGCUCCAGCGGCUCGCCCGUGAUCGACUGCCAGGGCCGCGCGGUGGGGCUGAACGCGGGCGGCAAGAACAAGGCCGCCUCCGCCUACUACCUGCCCCUGGAGCGGGUGGUGCGCGCGCUCAAGCUCAUUCAGGCUGGCAAGGACGCCUGCGGCGAGGGGCCGGGCUGGCCGGCGCCCGUCAUCCCCCGAGGCGACCUGCAGACCACCUUUGUGUUCAAGGGCUUUGACGAGGUGCGGCGGCUGGGGCUGCAGGAGGAGACGGAGCGGCGCGUGAGGAACUCCAAGACCUCGCCCACGCCGGAAGGCCUGCAGCACUCUACGGGCAUGCUGGUGGUGGAUAGCGUGGUGCCCGGCAGCCCCUGCGACGGCGUGAUUGAGGCGGGCGACGUGCUGGUGGAGGUGGGCGGUG